ACAACGCCAUCGCACUCAUCAGCUACAGCGAGGGAGUGGGGUAGCACGAAGAAAGCGCUGGAUUUCUGCAAGCUAUUUGGCCAUUAUUUUCAGAAAAACUAUAAGCGUCUGUCUCAUCUACAACUACAAUGGAAUACAUUCGUCCGGUUAAUUAAACGCCUUCGAACCGGGCCUCUGUUUUUUUUUUUUUUUUUGCGCUGCACAAAGCCAUGUGGAGUAAAUAAAUAUCCUGAUACGCUGAAACCAGAGAAUAUAGAUGAUGGGCUGUGUGCAAUGCAAGGAUAAAGAAGCAACCAAACUCACGGACGACCGAGACACCAGCAUCUCCCAGAGUGCCGCGGGCUACCGCUAUGGAGCCGACCCCACGCCACAGCACCAGCACUACCCUAGCUUCGGGGUCACCGCCAUCCCAAACUUCAACAACUUCCAGGCACCCGUUGGCCAGGGGAUAACUGUUUUUGGAGGGGUACACACCUCCUCCCACACAGGGACACUCCGCUCCCGUGGCGGAACAGGAGUCACCCUCUUUGUGGCACUUUACGACUACGAGGCCCGGACAGAGGAUGACCUCAGCUUCAGGAAAGGGGAGAAGUUUCAGAUUAUCAACAGCACUGAAGGGGACUGGUGGGACGCUCGUUCCCUCACCACCGGUGGAAAUGGCUACAUUCCCAGUAAUUACGUGGCUCCAGUGGACUCCAUUCAGGCUGAGGACUGGUACUUUGGGAAACUGGGCCGGAAGGAUGCAGAGAGGCAACUUCUGUUCACUGGCAAUCCCCGCGGCACAUAUCUCAUCAGGGAGAGUGAAACCACUAAAGGUGCCUUCUCCCUGUCCAUACGAGACUGGGACGACGUGAAGGGGGACCAUGUCAAGCAUUAUAAGAUCCGUAAGCUGGACAGCGGCGGUUACUACAUCACCACCAGGGCUCAGUUUGAGACCCUACAGCAGCUGGUACAGCACUACUCAGAGCGGGCCGCGGGGCUGUGCUGUCGCUUGGUGGUGCCCUGCCACAAAGGGAUGCCCCGCCUCACCGACCUGUCCGUCAAAACCAAAGACGUGUGGGAGAUCCCGCGGGAGUCACUGCAGCUCAUCAAGCGUCUGGGGAAUGGGCAGUUUGGGGAGGUCUGGAUGGGAACGUGGAACGGCACCACUAAGGUGGCGGUGAAGACGCUGAAGCCGGGCACCAUGUCUCCCGAGUCCUUCCUGGAAGAAGCCCAGAUCAUGAAGAAGCUCCGGCAUGACAAGCUGGUGCAGCUCUACGCUGUGGUGUCUGAGGAACCCAUCUACAUCGUCACUGAGUACAUGGGCAAAGGAAGCCUCCUGGAUUUCCUGAAGGAUGGGGAGGGACGGGGACUGAAACUGCCCAAUCUGGUUGACAUGGCAGCCCAGGUGGCAGCAGGCAUGGCGUACAUCGAGAGGAUGAACUACAUCCACAGAGACCUGCGCUCGGCUAACAUCCUGGUCGGGGACAACCUGGUGUGUAAGAUCGCCGACUUCGGACUGGCCAGGCUGAUUGAGGACAACGAGUACACAGCACGGCAAGGUGCUAAGUUCCCGAUUAAGUGGACAGCCCCGGAGGCUGCGCUGUAUGGAAAGUUCACCAUCAAGUCAGACGUGUGGUCGUUUGGCAUCCUGCUCACCGAGCUGGUCACCAAGGGACGUGUACCCUACCCAGGGAUGAACAACCGGGAGGUGCUGGAGCAGGUGGAGCGAGGCUACAGGAUGCCCUGUCCCCAGGACUGCCCCAUCUCCCUUCACGAGCUCAUGGUGCAGUGCUGGAAGAAGGACGCCGAGGAGAGGCCCACCUUCGAGUACCUGCAGGCCUUCCUGGAGGACUACUUCACGGCCACGGAGCCGCAGUACCAGCCAGGGGACAACCUCUAAACGCUGGGCUCUGGGCUGGGGACUGGACUGAACCGUGGCUCUCUGGAGCCACACCAGGGACCCGUGCACCUUCCUCAGCUCAACAGAGCAUCUUGUCUCAACUCUCCUCCAGCUCCCAACACUCUCAAACAUUCUCCGUGGCAAACCCCGAGACAGACUCAACCGACUGGAUACCAGAGAUACCAGUUAGGAGAGAGGGAGGGAGGUUUGUGGGUGGUUGGGCUAGUUAUGAUGUAAUGAAAUGCCUGUAUUCAAUGUAAAUAGGAACAGCUCCUCUGCCUAACUUUUGGUUUAUGUUUUGGUGGUUUGUUUGCUUCUGUUAUGGCAUUUUGACUGAUUUUCUCCAUGAUGAUGAUAAAGAAAAUGGUCAAUUAAGAUGAUAUUUUCAAAAGGGCACCAUGAGACCAUGAUAUCUUGUCACUUCUAAUCCAGAAUAUACAGGAUAUGUCUGUCAAAGCGAAUAUUUUUAAAUUAUUAUUUUGGGGGCAAUUUAAUGAACACCUCCAUAAAUUAUUUAUUUCAUUUUUGCGGUUUUGCUCAUGUAUAAAAAUAAAUAAGAAAACCAGUCCUGAGUGUAUUGCCUCAGUGUAUAAAUAAUGUUUGGGGCAAAGUCAUCUGUUUUACAGGGACUUGAGGCAAGCAUGACAAAAUACUCCGUAGAGAUUUAUUUUGCACCUCAUGGAUUUAGUUUGAUAUGAUUUUGCUUUUAUUUUGUUCAUCCUUGUAAAAAUAGUUUUGUCCUCCUCAAAGUAAUAGAUGUUAGGCUAAUGCCGUAACAAAGUUAUUUUACAAAUAAUGUAUGUUACAUUUUGUAAUUACAGCCAAAUGUGUGCGCAUUAUACUUUUGAACAUAUCUCUUCUCGCUUACCAGGUUUUAAGAAAAAUAAAUAACGGGGGAAAAGAUUGGUCUUUCCAGGUAUUAUUUAGUGUGUACCGGAAGGACAUAAUGUUUAUUUAAGAAGAGAAAGAUGUUCAUCUCUGCUUUUAAUGGUCUUAUUUGAACAUGUAUACGAGUUCCAUUUUAGCAGCCAUUCCAAGGCAUCCAUCUGAUGGUCCUUGUUUCCUCCUUGUUUCCUCCGUGCCGUGAAGCCAUGUACUGGGAAGUCUUAGUGGGUAACAUCUCUUCCUCCCUCUGUGAACAGUGACAUGCCCCCAUCCACCUGCUCCUCAAACGCAUGUCCCACACUGUCUGCCUGUCUGCCUGUCUGUCCGGCUGCCUGUCUGCCUGUCUGUCUGUCUGUCCGCCUGCCUGUCUAGGCAGCACAGCACCACCAGUAGGAUCCUUCCUCAGCUCAUUUCUGGACCACUUCCUUUGGAUGACUUUUAUCUUUUUAUGUUUAAACUGAAGUGGAUAUCUGAAGUCUUGCGUCUCCUGUUUCAGUUUUAUGUUUCUGUUUCUGUUUUAUGUUUGAUUGAACCUUCAUUGGAGAGAUCUCUGAGGAAUGGGGUGUAAUGUAUCUCCAGGGGGAACGUUGCAAAGACACUGGUGAAGCGGCCGGCUGUAAAGUUUGACCUUGUUUAAUCUAAAUGUAGUAUUUGUUCUCAUCUUACGAUAGUGUAAGUGCUAAUAAGGAUCUGUUUAAGAUUGAGCCCCCUCGUCGGUUUUACAGCUUAACAGUUUUAAAAGUGUCAGUAGCCUCCCUGGUGUUUAAUUCUUCUAUUUUUCCAUUUGUUAACAUUUUCUGUUUUGUUAAUUCAGUGGUUUGGCAUUUGAAAUUCAAGAAGACCAAUAAACAUUUUACACUCUU